AUGAUUGAAAUGUCACCAAAACUGUCGAAACCGUUAUCACCGGGAGAUGUGAUCACUCAAGACAUGCCUCUCAUUCAUGUCCUAAAGUUUCAACUCAAAAGCAAAUAUUGCGACAAUUGUUUUAAACGCUCGGAUCAAUUGAAGAGAUGUACGAAAUGUCUUCACAUGUAUUAUUGCGGUAAAGAGUGUCAGAAGAAUGACUGGAAGUAUCACAAGAAUGAGUGUCCACUCUAUGGCCACCCAAUGGUCCAGAUGUUUAUCGACGACAAUUGGUCCCAACUUUGGCUCCGACUCUACCUAUCAGUGAAAACGGUGCAAAACUUUGCCACAAAAAAGUACCGAUUGUUUGACGGAUCGGAUGUCAGUCUCAGAGAUAUCAAAGUGAAUGCCAUUGAUUUGAACGACAACUAUAAACGGGAACGUUUCCAAGGGAUUGGUAUUCUCUUUGAGGCAUUACAUAUGGAUUACGAUCCCAAAGAAGUACUCCAUUGGUUGGCACUGGUAUUCACUGUCCCUAAUGUGGCCAUACAUUCGGGUGACGAGCAAUCGAUUGAGUUCAUCGGUCGCGCGCUUUACGCCCCGAACCUAGUGCUGGAGCACAGCUGCCGUCCCAACAGUGCACUCAUUGUUAACUUCAAUGGAGACCUAUCGAUACAAUUGCGGGCAAUGAGACCGAUAGCCGCCGGCGAAGAGAUUACUAUAACUCUCAUACCGUUGGAUCGAAACCGUGAGGACCGACACAAUGCGCUAAAGCAGUGGUCAAUUGACUGCGAGUGCGACAAAUGUGUCCACCAUUUGGACCGUCGGAUCGAUUACCGGCGUCUCAUACCCUUCGAGCCGUUACCGCUUCACGUCUUCAGUUUCGGCACUCAAUUAAUGGAUUAUUUGCGGGAAGUGUUGACUGAUUUGGAUGUGGUGUACGACGGAUGCCAUCCGCAGCGGACAAUGUUUCUGAAGGGACUGAUUAUGGAUCUACAAAAGUGUCCACUAAUUCCCGAAACGGUUUUGAAUGAAAUGAAAGCAAAUUUCACGAAUGAAGUUGCGGUCACUUUUCGGGCCGACGACCCGUUUAGGCCUGUCUUAGGACCCGAAGGGUUGGUUUCGUUCAACGCAUUCGUGGAGUGCAAGGAACUGCAACGAUUUCAUUUGACAUACGCCAUGUCCAUCAGGGAGCUUAUGAAGGCUGGGAUUAUGAUAAUUAAGGAUAAACAUUUUGCAAAUCUAAAUAUUGAAGCAAAACUCAAAACGGGGGUCGACUCCAACGGUGUCCAAGCAACCGGUCCCGCGUUAGCCAUCCAAGUCUCGCAUCCGGUUUAUGACUCACGUCCUGUCAUCGACUCGCACGUCUGGUUAACGGGGCUUGCAGUCUUGCACUCGGCCUCUCGAGACUCGUCUCCGGUGUCCGUCUCUCCGGUCCGGUCUCUCAUGUCCGGUCUCUGUCGCUUUUGUCGGGCCUCCGUCUCACGCUUGCGGUCGCCGUUUCUCUUGUGUCCGGUCGUGCAUGCGUCUCGCCUGAUGGUAUACGAACAGUUUAAUCGAAUUACUUACCUUGACAAAUCCGCUUUGCCCGAACCUUCAAUCACCUUGAUCACAUUUAUAUUGGAACUGGUGUUGGGGUGUGAUGUAAUAGUAUACCAAGCAGUGAUUACCAAAUAUGGUAUCACAAGAUGUGAGAGCCCAUCCCAUCACCAGUUGAGAGAAGAGAUGCUGCACUCAAUCUGUCUAUUCUCUCCAGAAUACCGGCAGCCCUUUAAGAGCACUGACGUGUUGAGUGUGUUUGUGGUUCGGCGAGUGAGUGGUCAGUGCGAGUGUGAGUAA